GAUGGCGCGCUACACAUGCGCAAAAGGGCCCGUCAUUCUACUGCCAGACUUCGAGGCAGUUCGGUUGCAACUGUUAUAAACAUAAACAUAAACAUGAGCAUAAACUCUACACGUACUCUAACGAAGAACAAGGGUCAGCAUAUUCAAGUAUUUGUUCGUGUUAGACCCAUAAAUGAUUUAGAACAAACUAAUAAAUCCACAACUAUAGUAGAAGUGGCCAAUGAUAAAGAAAUAGUAGUACGUGAACGCCCAAAGGAAAAGUAUUCAAAGAAAUUUAAAUUUGAUAAUGUAUUCGGACCUUCAGCAAAGCAGGUGGAUGUAUAUAAUGCUGUUGUUAGUCCAUUAUUGGAACAAGUUUUGGCUGGAUAUAAUUGCACAGUAUUUGCAUAUGGGCAAACUGGUACUGGAAAAACUUUUACAAUGGAAGGAAUCAAUAGAGAUCCUACCUUACAUUGGCGAAAAGAUACAACUGCUGGCAUGAUUCCACGUUCGUUGAGUCAUUUAUUUGACGAAUUACAAUUAUUACAAGCACAAGAAUAUACAAUAAGAGUUAGUUUCUUGGAACUUUAUAACGAGGAAUUGUUUGAUCUGUUGUCAACCAAUGAUGAUGGGUCUAAAAUAAAAUUAUAUGAAGAUACAUCGAAGAAAGGUGCAGUAAUUAUUCAUGGAUUAGAAGAAAUAACAAUACACAGUAAAAGUGAAGUUCACAAAUUUCUUCAAAUGGGAUUAGAAAGAAGACAAACUGCUACAACAUUGAUGAAUGCUUCUUCUAGUCGAUCUCAUACAGUGUUUUCCAUUACUGUACACAUGAAAGAAAAUACACCUGAGGGAGAAGAAGUUUUAAAAACAGGAAAACUAAAUUUGGUAGAUCUAGCAGGCAGUGAAAAUGUUGGAAGGUCUGGAUCUAUCGAUCGAAGAGCAAGAGAAGCUGGUUGUGUCAAUCAGUCUUUAUUAACACUUGGUAGAGUUAUAACAGCUCUUGUGGAAGGUGCACCACACAUACCUUACAGAGAAUCCAAGCUUACCAGAUUGUUACAAGAAUCAUUGGGUGGUCGUACGAAAACAUCAAUCAUUGCAACUAUAUCUCCUGCUAGUAUCAACCUUGAAGAAACUCUGUCAACGUUAGAUUAUGCACAUCGUGCCAAAAAUAUUACAAACCGUCCAGAAAUAAACCUAAAACUGUCAAAGAAAGAAUUUCUAAAGAAAUACACAGCAGAAAUUGAAAGAUUGAGGCGAGAUUUAAUAGCAACGCGUGAUAAGACUGGUAUUUAUGUUCCAAACGAAGAUUACAACGAAAUGCAAGCCUUGCUUUCUCAGCAGAGUAAAGAACUAGAAGAAAAAAAUAAUCAAAUAAAGGCUCUGGAAAAAAUGAUGGAUGAUAAAGAGGAAAUAUACAAUGAACUUAAAUUACAAACUCUUACUCAAAUGGAAAUAUUACAUGAAGUAAAAGCCAAAUUGGACAAUACUACGGAUGCUCUAAAAUCCACGCAUGAUCGCUUAAAAGUUACAGUCCAAGAACGAGAUGAACAAAAAUAUUUGGUAGAAACCCAUGUUAAUACAGAAAAAGCUUUGCUCUUGCAAGGUCAGUCUUUGUUGAAUGUCGCAGAUACAGCAACUGAAGAUUCUCAGAAAUUACAUGAAAAAAUUGAUCGUAAAACAAAAGCAGAACGUGAAUUUGAGAUUCGCGGUGAAGAGUUUAGAAAGAAUAUUUGCAAAUCUGCACAAGACGCUGAAAAAUAUAUUCGUGAAUAUGAAGAAAAUUCAAAACAAUUUUGCACAACUAUGAAAAAUGAUAUUGGUACGGAAAUUGUUACAAAAUGUAGAAGUAUUAAUACAGAGAUGCAGCAAAAUACACUGAACCUCACAGAUCAGCAUUUAACAACUACCAAUAAUUUAACAACAAAUAUCAAUGAAUUUUCCUUAAAUUAUCAGAAUUGGAUAAAAAAUGAAAUGAAAGAUGCAGUUAACAUGAUAGACCAUGAAAAUGAAUUCUUGAAUACAGUUGUUAUGGAAUUGACAGAAAAUAUUGAUGGCACAAUUGAAAGUGAGGUUGCUGACAAAUUACAACUUCUAAAGGAUAGUUUAUUAGAAAAAAUAAAUAAAACCAAGAUUUACUUAAAUGAAAUGAUAGAUGACAUGAUUAAACGUGAACUGAAAGCUUAUGAGUGUACAACAAAAAAUAUUACGGACAUUAUGAAAGAAGCAGACAACGUUUGUAAAAUGCUUGAAUUUACAGAAACGCAACGUUCAUUUGCAAAGAUGAUGGAAGAUGUAUCAAACCAGUUUAAUUUUCUACGUAAAAGUCAAGCAGAACAUUAUGACCUUAUAACUGAUAAAUGUGGUUAUAUUAGCGAAAUAUGCAACAAAGUUAAUGAUAACUCAAUUGAGGCUUGUAAUACCAGUGUAAAAAUGACAAACAGUUUAAAACAACAGAUACAACAUCAAUUGGAACGUAUUGAAUCUGACGCUGUUAUUGAAGCAGAGAAGAAUGUAAAAUUGGCAAACAGUACUACAGAACAAGGGAAAUGUAUGGUAAAUGAACUGAAAUCAGGUUUAAAUAUAAGCAACAAUGUACUGAAGCAAUAUAAGAAUCUUGUUGAACACAAUACCGAGGAAGUACAACAAAAAAUGAACGAGGAUAAAAAUGAAACUCUCUCAUUAUUAAAGGAUAUGAAUAAUAUAGUCUUGACUGCAAAUAAAAACCAUAUAGACGGCUUAAAAGAUGAAGAAAGUAAAGUUUCUAAUAGUUAUCAAGACAUAUCCUGUAAAUUAGAUAAUCUAAUUGUAGAAUCAAGUACGUGUUUUGGUAGAAAUAUUGAACAAUUACAUACGGUAGUAGACGAAAUUAACAAAUUUUUUGAUGUUGAGAUACAACAUUAUGUUCCAACAGGAACAACACCUGCCAAGAAAGAAUUUUCUUAUCCUCGUCAAUUUACGAUAACAUCACCGCAUGAACGAAUCCUUCAAAGAUUUAGGGAAACUAGAAAAUUUGUUGAAAGCGCAGAAAAUGACGAUAGCACAUUUAUGGAUGCUGAUAUAAAUAUGACACAAAUUGCAAAUUCGACUGCUUUAUCUGAUGUUACUUUGAUCAAUAAUAAUGAAUGUGCUACAUCCACUUUGAGCAAUGAUCAUCUGAGAAGUACAUCAACAUUGUAUACUUCUUCAACGUCUAGUCUAUCUCGUAUUUCACUCGACUCCAGAGAUUCGCAUGAUGAAUUCUACCGUACAUGCCUUUACACGGAUAGUACUGACAAACCUGAAUUACAAAACGAAGAUUAGUUAUGAUUGAUCCAAUGAAUAAAACUGUAGUAAUCACAAUAUUGAACUUCACACUAAACUUCCAAUAGAAUUUUGUAAAUAAAAAAUGAUAGAGAAUACGAUAUACUAUUAUGUAAAUUUUAUCUAAAAAAGAUGUAAAAGAUAAACAAAAAUGUAAAAUAAUAAAAAAGCUGAAAUAUGUUUAAUUUGAUAUUUACCAACCAAAUUUACUCUUUCCUGACUUGAGAUCACAGAUGAAACAAAUUUUUACCUAGAUAAAAAG